AGGUGUAUUCGGUCACUUCCCGCGGCGCGGCGCGGCGUGGCCAGGCGGCUGGGUGCCGGGAGGGUUCAGUCGGCAGCAAGAUGCGCAUCGAGAAGUGUUAUUUCUGCUCCGGGCCCAUCUACCCGGGGCACGGGGUCAUGUUCGUGCGGAACGACUGCAAGGUCUUUAGAUUCUGCAGAUCAAAAUGCCACAAAAACUUUAAAAAGAAACGAAAUCCCAGAAAGGUCAGAUGGACCAAAGCCUUCCGAAAAGCAGUUGGUAAAGAACUAACAGUGGAUAAUUCAUUUGAGUUUGAAAAACGUAGAAAUGAGCCAGUGAAAUACCAGAGAGAGCUGUGGAGCAAAACCGUUGAUGCAAUGAAGAGAGUGGAAGAGAUCAAACAAAAACGCCAAGCUAAAUUUAUCAUGAACAGAUUAAAAAAGAGCAAAGAACUGCAGAAGGCACAAGACAUCAAAGAAGUCAAGCAAAACAUACACCUUGUUCGGGCUCCACAUGCCGGCAAAGGAAAACGGCUGGAGGAGAAAAUGGUUCAGAAAUUGCAAGAGGAUAUAGCUAUGGAAGAAGAGUCCUAAAAACCUUGUCCCUUGUCUCUUUCUUUGUUUCUUUCUUUGUUUCUUUCUUUCCCUCCUCAACUUACUUACGGUUUUUUGACUCGCCUCUUCAGAGUUCUGACUUGUGCAUUAUUGAUUCUUCUGAUAUUUGUUCAUUGAAAUGAAAGGUGAUUAAACACACCCUAGAUGCA